CGUCCUCGGUACACUGCAAGAAGAGCGCAAAGAGGAACAACGGAGCUCGCGUGCACUCAUUCAUACACAUUGCGCGCGUGCACACACGCACACACACAGCUCUGGGAGAAUCUCUCGCAGACAGACACACACGCACACACGCGCGGAGACGUGCAGGGAGAAACGGAAGCAGCACUGAGGUGCGGUUUUUACCGAAUGGAGAAUAUAUGUCGGUGUAAUCGGUGCUAAUUCGUGUAUCGCGGUUCCGGAGCAGAAAUCGCGCCUGGAGCUCGAGGAAACAUUUCCUUCAGCCUAUAUAUAAAAUCUGAGAUAUUUUUAAAAGGUUUUUUAUUUUUUUUAUUGAUUUUCUUCUCAGCACCGGAGUGGAUUGUGUGGAACUGAACCCGGAUUUUUAUAACUGGAUUUUUUUUAAAUAAUUAAGUCUAAUUUUGCGCACAGAGGAAUAGAGUCUCAGGUGUGUGUGUGAACAUGGAGGUGUUACUAUGACCUCGGACUUCACCAUUGUCACUGCAGGUCACACACUUUAACCUAUUUAUUCACAUUUUUUGUUUUUUUUGGGGGGGGGGUUCUGUUUGAGAGCCAGUGAACUGAGAGCUUUUUUUUUAUUUGGGAAAUUCAGCCAUGAACUUUGUGGUUUAUUGGACUCAGUUAUUUCUGGUAGCGCUGCUGAACGUCUCGGCUGUGAAUGCGGCUUACAUACCAAAGGAGGGAAAAAGCAAGAAUGAAGUGGUGCCGUUUAUGGAGGUGUACAGUAAGAGCAGGUGUAAUCCGAGGGAGACCCUGGUAGAUGUACAGCACGAGUAUCCACACGACACACACGUCACCUAUCUGCCAUCCUGUGUGGUACUCCAGCGCUGUGGAGGCUGCUGUAACGAUGAAGCACUUGAAUGUGUUCCUACACACACAAACAACGUUACACUGGAGUUGUACAGAGUAAAACCAGGUGUAGGAGAACACAAAACUCUGCUGAGCUUCACAGAACACACACACUGUGACUGCAGAGUAAAACCAGAAGUGAAAACAAAGAAAGAAUACCGCUGUGAGCCCUGCUCAGAGAGGAAGAAGCACUGGUUUGUGCAGGAUCCUCUCACCUGCAGGUGUUCCUGCACACUGACUCAGUUACAGUGCAGGUCCAGAAAGCUUGAGUUAAACGAGAGAGUUUGCAGAUGUGAUAAACCGAGGAGAUGACGAUGACGCUGGUCUCAGACACGCACUGAAUGAAGGAAUAUUUAAUCUCAGCACUUUUUCACCAACCUGUGGACCACACACACACACUCUCUCUCUCUCUCUCUCUCUCUCUCUCUCUCUCUCUCUCUCUCUCUCUCUCUCUCUCUCUCUCACACACACACACACACAAACACACAUAAAAAGACAUGAUAGAAACACUAAUGGUGUGCCGCCACACAGCUGUAUGUUUUAAUAAAUUAAUAUAUGAACCCAGUUUUAUCCAGAGAGACAGAAAGCUGUAAAAGGACGUGACAAUGUGUAAUGCUGCUAUGGAGACAAGUGGACGCAUGUCCAUCCUGCGCCUUGAGACAGACUGACAGAGAGCUGCUGUUUCACGGAUUUUAUUUAAACGGGAUUGUGAUUAUCGGAGUGGGCUUGACUCUACUGGACUGAGACACACUCUGAUUGGAUGACGGUGCAACCUUUGAGGAUACAACACCAUUAUUGUGUAAAUAAUAAAGGGAUAUUCAGCGUAGGUUAUGUUAAUGUGAUUCUGGUUUUGAACAAGGACAUUUCAUCAUCAAAGAUCAUCCAUUAAUAACAAUAAUUAAUAACUUAUGAGUAAAUCUGUUUAUUUUCCAAAGAGAAAAGCGAACGCUGAUAGGAAGCACGUUAGCGAUGUGUGUAACACUUUCUGUUUCUAGUCCUCUACAUCUAAUUUAUAAAGGUAGCUUCAGUAUUCUGUGUAUUUAAACUGAUUUAUUUAUAUUCAGUGUUACGUUUUUGUUGCUGUUCAUUGCCUUGUGGUUUUAUUUCCGUCAGCGUCACCACCAAAUCUGCCUGAUUUUAUUUUCUUUUCCGAGAAGAAGAAAAGAAAGAAAUACUUCUCUGACAUUCCUGAAAACUACUUUAUAUAUGACAGGAGGACGAAUGAUGUUUCUCGGUAAAAACAUUGAUGAAUCACAAGGAAUGUAAAUGUGAUAUGAGCCGGUUUUUGUUUGUCUCUAAUAAUAAGAGACAAUUUACGAAUUUUCCCCAAGAAAAACCACCAACAUUCUUCUAUUUGUAUUAAAACAGAUUUUUUCAUGUCCAUUCUAUUUUCAUAAUAUAUUUAUUUGUGUGUUAAAGAUUUAAAUAUUAACACUUUUUUGUUUUAGUUUAACAUUAAAUAUGUAUUUAUUUUUGAAAUUAUAUUGUUUUUUAAUAAAUCGAAAAAUCUG